UAUAAACCAGACUCUCCGCCAUCGUCCUCAUUCUAACAGCUCGUAGUCAGUGAUCAACCAUGAGUGGGCGGGGCAAAGGUGGAAAAGGACUCGGUAAGGGAGGCGCCAAGCGUCACCGUAAAGUUCUCCGUGAUAACAUCCAGGGCAUCACCAAGCCCGCGAUCCGCCGUCUGGCUCGCCGAGGUGGAGUCAAGCGUAUCUCGGGUUUGAUCUACGAGGAGACUCGCGGCGUGCUCAAGGUUUUCCUGGAGAACGUGAUCCGUGACGCCGUGACCUACACCGAACACGCCAAGAGGAAGACGGUGACCGCCAUGGACGUGGUCUACGCCCUGAAGAGACAGGGACGCACCCUGUACGGCUUCGGAAGCUAAACCCUAAACAACCACCAAAACCAAAGGCUCUUUUAAGAGCCACACACUCCGCUAUGAGCUACUUCCUGGUUUGAACUACAGUAUAAGAAACGGUGUACAUCAUUUUGAGACAAGGUUACUCUUGAAGUGCAGCGGUGCUCAUUGUGUGU